AUGGAAGAGACUAAAUAUCCGCAAUCGGACUCCCAGAUGUCAGAAGACAUUAGCGAUAGAAGAGAUACUCCAAAGUUAGAAUUCUGUAACAAUUUCUCAGAAAUUGUCUGUGAUACAGUCAGUCUUAAGAGCAAGGCAGCAAAUAGUAAGACUGAGUUGAUUAAGAGACAGGAUAAAUCUGAAUUCAAACACACUAAAGAUAAGUGGACAAAGGUCUUUAGUCUAAACUCCAACGCUUGCUUAUGCUUAUCUAUUCAAGGAGAAGUAGUAGAAAUGACUAUCAAGAACUUGUUCCAUAAUGCUGCUCUGAAGAACCACGAAGCCCUAAAGCAAAGAUAUUCUGUAGCACAAAAACAAGUUUCCCAGACAAAGAAGUAUCUUGAUCACAGUAGUGAUUUACUCCAUCAAGCUGUCUUACAGAAGAUUGAAAGCUCGAGCUCUCUCCACAGCGGAGAUGAAUUUGCUUUAUAUUACUGUUCGGAUGAUUUUAAAGUAAUUUACUGUGUCAGGUUCUUUGUCUCAGAUACAGUUCUUGAGCCUCAGGAGUUCAAACAAGCUAUCACUGAAGAUUACUCCUCCAUAAAUAGUUUCUCUGUAUCUUACGAUCCAAUUGCAAACACUAAUACUUUCUUUUUCUCCUCUAAAGAGUUCAAUGGAGUGUUAGUGUCUUACCCUGUAUCUUUUGGUAGAAAGGAGACAAACACCAGGAUUAAUUUUUCCCACAUUCUUGGCCAAAGCAAUAUGAUUACAUCCGGGAUUACUUCCCUCUUCAAUGGAGUUACCAAAAGAAUAGGCAGAAAUGGAGGAGAUAACAGCAAUUGUCUCAAACUAGAAACCCUCAGUGAAAACCUUGUCUGUGGUGUCUGGUCUAACGGAAUAAUCAGGAUCUACUAUAAAAGAGAAUGCUUACUUGAAGAAAUCAUGUUCAAGGAUGGAAUUUUAGAGGGCCCACAUAUUUCAGAAGCUAUACUCUCAUCAUGUGCUUACCCAAUCGAUUCUGAUGAAGAUGGAGAAGUUUCCCUCCACUUUUAUAUCUCCACAAGUGUUGUUUUGGAUAGUAACAGGACUAUUGUCAAAGUUUUUGACCUUGAGUUUUGAGAGUUCCAGGCUAACUUUGAAUCCCAAAGAAUUGAUUAUAAAAAUGACUGCAAGGGAUAUCUGAGCAACAUCUUCACACAUACUGAAUAUUCAAAUAAAAGGAUUGUUGAUGUCCAGAUGUUGGAGGACUCAUUAUGGUGAUACUCUUAUGAACUCCAGAACUCUAGUAAAGGAUCAAGUGCGGGAGGAUCAACUGCCAUGCCUUUCAGGAGUUAUAUUUAUAAAUUUGCAGUCACUAAAGGUUUGCUAGGGAAGGACAGUACUUUAAAAUGUCUCAGGAAUUCAGUGUGGAGUAUUAAUGACCAACUCCUUCUUGAAAAAAUUGAAGAUAAAGAGAAUAUCCAUUCUUCUAUAAUGAACAACAGGGUAAUUAAAUCAAGAUACCUCAGAAGAUUUGGAGGAGAUUAUGUUGAGAAUAUUCCUAUCUCAAUCCUAUCUUCAGACACAAAAUUUAAACAGAGACUUCAAUCUUUAAAAGAUGAAAACCUUGAUAACCUUGAGUUGGUAAGGACUGAGCACUACGAAGAAGAACAUAAAGUUAUGAAGCCAGUUUCAAUGUCUAUCAUCCAACUUGGAAAGUAUGACAAAGUGCCUUUGGUUGUUAGAGAAGACUCUAUUUCAAUCCUCAAGAGAAACAGCAAAUUCACAUCCUAUUCAAAGUACAUCAACAAGAAUGUUGUUGACAUUCAGCUUGCUUAUGAGAAGAAUCCAUUAAAAUGAAUGCAAAAUAUUGUCAAAAAUUUUAAGCAGAAGACCAAGAGAGAACUAGCCCUCUCCUUUAUCUCAAUUUUCAAAGCAGUCUACUCUGAGUUCAUCGUGAGAGUUGAGAAGAGACUUGAGCAAGGAACAGGAUUCCCAAAAAGCAUUUAUGAGAUCCCAUCGCAAAGCAUCAAGUUUGAUGUAUUGAAGUUAAUGAGAAGCCAACUCUCCAAAUCUGGACAUACUAUCUUCCAGCAAUGUCUUAAGAUGCUCAGAGAAAUCAGCGAAUUAAUUCAGAAUGGAUACAAUGGCAAAAACCAGAACUCAGUCAUGGUCGAGCUGACUCCUUUCUACACUGAGAUGAUAGCAAAUUCAUUAAAGAUUGAAAUUAAUGGAGUUUAUGAAUUCAUGAGAGACCUCCUUUGGUUCUCAAACUGGAUGAUCAUCAAUGACCUUGAUCUCAAGAGAAGCGGACUCAAAAUAAAUGAAGAAGACACUCAUCAGUCUCUUCACCAAAGAAAUCGUCAAGAUAUAAAAGAUUCUGAGGUUCUUCUGUCUGCUCUUUUAUCUUUAAAAAUUAGCACACAUAGCUUACUUGCACAUCAGGAUAGAUUAAAUGAAAAUUUAAAAUAUACACUUUUUAGUAAAACUGAUGUGGACAAACAUAUUGGGCUGAACAAUGUGAUGCCUUUCUUCAUCUCAAGAUUCUCUGAGAAUAUUCUUUCAACCCAACUUGAGAGUAUUUCAUCAAUGCAGGAUAUCUUUGAUGUAGUUAUCACCAAGUUCUUCCAAAUUGGGUUCUUUGUGCCUGAUCAAGCUCCUCCUACAUAUAUUCCUCUCUUGUUACAACAAUUGCUUCAUAUGAAGGAAUUUGACAUUCUUGAAAGAGCAAUUGAUUGUUUGAAGGAGAAACCACCAGCCUUGAGCUUUGCACUAGCAAUUAGUAAAGCACACAGAGGACAGACAGAGCAGUUUGUCAAAUACUUCUGCCAAGGAAUCACUGCAGUUUCAAUUCAAGAUUCUGGAGAGGAAGCUGUAAUUAAGGAACAAAUUUUCACUCAGAAAGAGACCGAUCCUGAAUUCCUUGACCUUAUCAAAAAUUGCAAUAAUCCAGCAUUAGUCUUUGCCAAGAGCUGCCUAGAUCAAAUUGAUGAAGCUGAUACAAAGACUUUGUUCCAAGGAAUCCAAACUGGGCUUCAUUUUGCAUAUAACCCUAAAGAUUCUAACGAAAGAGCAAUAGUUGACCUCCUAUGGACCAAACUUUACUCUCUAUGAAGAAAAGAGAAGGAUGUAGAAGUAGCAUUCGCAGCAGCAACUUCUAUCAGUGAUGAAAAGAGAAGAGAAUCAGCACUCGGAGGCCUGAUAGAGGAUCUGAUAGUUAAUGAUAACCUUAAGACACUCUUCAGCUGCAGGCUAAGCAAUAAGAACUUGGCUAUUGGAUCUAGUUAUUUGAGAAAGAAAAUGAAUGAAAGUCUCACAAAGGUGUACCAGAAUGAUGACAACCAAGAGCAACCAGAAUUUUUCAAUGCAGAUAGAGUAUUCCUAAAGAUCCUCAGAGCCUUCCAUUCGUUACAUUGCUUCUACAACAAAGCAAGGGAGUCAUGAAUUUAUAUGCUUAGGCUUUACUACGAACUACAGCCUUACAAGUACAAUAAGCAUAUCAAUAUCCACAGAAUUCUAGAAAUCGAAAAGCAUUUGCUCACCUUGAUUUUGACUGAGACAAAGAGCUUCGAGAAUGCUGACAGGUAUAACUUCUACAUCAAAGAAAAUGACAUCUACAAGCCUGAAAGAAAGAGAGACAGAGAUGAAGAAAUGGAUUAUGAGCAAUCUGAUAUUGAACUAACUAGAGAAAUAGCACGAAAAUUAUUUGCAGCAAAUACUUCUGAUUCUAAAUACAUAGUAAAGCUCAGAGAUAUUGAAGCCUACCAAGCUAUUAAUGAAGCACAAGUCAAGUUAUUCAAUAGAUGUGGAGAACUUAUUGAAGAGCUUGAUGAAAUUAUUGACUUCUGAGUUUUCUUUAAUUGGUUCGACCUUGCUAUUCAUGUUUCUGACAAAAAUAGAAUCGAUCCCACUUUCAUUGCCCAACAGAUGGGAUACCAAUACUGACUAAAGAGAAAUGAGCAAAAUGAUGAAAUUGUAGAAGAGUUCAAAUUUGAGGACGCUCAUUUCCAAUGGAAGGUAGACGAGAUUGACUUAGAAAACUCUGAAGCUGAAAUACUUUUAGAACAAAUAAUCCAGACUCUAGACUAUACUCAGUUUAGAUACCCUCAUCUUCGCACCGAAGUUCUCAAGGUAAUUACUGAAAAUCUUGAAGAAAUCAGACAAGAAGAAAAGGAUGCAAUUCUCAAUUCCAUCGGAAAAGGAAUCGAGAUUGAAGGAUAUUAUGACAUCAAUUUGGUACUGAGAAAAAUCUUAAAAAGUUAA